AGCACCACCUGUCAAAUUUUCACCCAAGAUCAAGAGCUCAUUUAUCUAUUUGAAACUGAUAUAAAAGGGAACGCUAAAUGGGUGAUCCUGGUAUCACUACUUUUAUGAAAAAUGUUCUCAGUAACUACUCGUCCAUUAGAGGUAAAGAUAAAGACAGUGGCCAUGCAAAAUUUUGGGAUGUGGUUGUCAUAACAACAGCAGAUGAAGAUCAGAAAGAAAUAUUUGAUGCUCAGCUGAAAGCCAAACUAAGCAGAAAGGAAGUGCCAACAAAUCUACCUAUUCAUAUUAUAUCAGAUCCACCUGGGCCUAAACUUGGUAAUGGAGGUUCUACUUUAACUGCUUUGGACUUUUUACACAAGGAAUAUGGAAAUGGUCUGUAUGACAAUAGGGUGUUACUAUUACAUGCUGGUGGACAGAGUAAAAGGAUGCCUAGCGCUAGCAUACUUGGCAAAAUAUUUUCUGCAAUACCCACUGGGAACCCCUUAUACCAGAUGUUAGACUUCAAACUAGCUAUGUAUUGGCCAUUUAUACCUCGAAUGCCUGCUGGAGUAUUUUUGUCAUGUGCUGAUGAUUUUUUGGUUUAUAACCUUGGUGUGGAAACAUUGCCAUGGAAAUUUCAAGAAACUGGGUUUACAGCUUUAGCUCAUCCCUCAUCAGUUCAGAUUGGUACCCAGCAUGGUGUGUAUGUUUUGGAGAACCCAGAAACUAUUGACACAACCAAACAUAUCUUAAACCAGAAAUGUGUAGAAGUGUUACAGAAACCCUCUCAGUCUGUUAUGUAUAAGAAAGAUGCUGUUGUAAAAGAUAAAAUCUUAAAAUUCCCAAGUAACAUUAAAGUCAAAGGGGAUGUUGCUUACACAGACAGUUCAUUUUUCUUUGGAAUGGAUGUGGCCAAGAAACUAAUUGGUUUUUACAAAGAAAAUUCUCCAAUUACUUGCGAAAUUGAUGCCUAUGGUGAUUUCCUUCAGGCUCUUGGACCAAAUGCUACCAUUGAUUACACAUCACAUAUUCCUAAUGUCAGCAAUCCAACACCAAGCCUGAUACCAACCAGAGAAAAAAUCUUUCAUUUACUGAAAGAAACAAACAUCUCACUUCUAUUAAUGAACUCCUCUAGGUUCAUACAUAUUGGAACUACUAAGGAAUUUUCUCAGCAUUUUUGUUUCGACAAACAGUUUCAAGAAGAAGUAGGCUUGGAAAUGGAUGUCUUCAAUAAUUGGGUAGAAAACAGAGAAAGUAAAGAGUUCUCAAAGAAGAUGAAAUUUUCUGAUGUCAACCAAGGAUGUGUAAUGCAUUCUUGUGUAACGUCAGAUUCAACUGUAUCACCCGGUACUGUCGUUGAAUAUUUUCAUGCUGAUAUACCUGUAAACAUUGGUCAAAAUUCUAUAAUUAGUAACUGUGCUUUGUUGACAUCUGAGCUGAGUGAGAAUCUAGAGCAGUGUGACGUUCCACAUGAUGUAUUUUUACAUACAGUGCCUGUAUUUCACAAUGGUUCCACAAUGUUUGUCACAAUCUUCUUCCAUGUAAAUGAUAAUCUCAAAAAACAGGCACCUCCUCAGGAUCUGAUUUUUCUACAGAGGACUCUUGGUGAUGUAUCGUCUAUAUGUAAACUAGACAUGCAAAAGUUAUCAAAUAAUGGCAGCGGUGAUGAAGAUAACUCAAAAAAAUUAAGUCUUUGGACAGCUCCAAUUUAUCCUCUUGAGAAAACAAUGUCCGAAUCUUUUCUAUUAUCACUGAAAAUCAUUACAAAAAUAAGAACAGAGAAAAAGUCUGAUUUGAAUCUCAAUGAUUAUCAUUUAGUUUCCAUUGCUGAAAUAUUGAAAAUCAAAGAUUUCAAAACUAUGUUAAGUUUCAGAAGCAGAUUGAAUAGAACUAUAUGUGACAAUGAAUAGGUUUUUAAUUAUUUAACUGCUGUAGGAAACAGUUAUUUAUUAUAGCUAAAUUAUUUAUUAUUAUAUUUGGAGGGACUUUUUAAUAAAUUUGGUACUACA